AUGUCGAAAGACGAUUGUAAAGUGGGCUGUAAGCACAAGGAAAGGAAACCCAAAAAGCCGCACUACAUCCCGCGACCGUGGGGCAAACCCUACAACUACAAAUGCUUCCAAUGCCCUUUCACCUGCAUGGAAAAAUCCCACCUGUACAACCACAUGAAGUACAGCUUGUGCAAAAACUCAUUAUCGUUGCUCAUCGAGUCCGACUGGCCUUAUAAAAAGGGCAGUCUGCUUCAUCCAGACCAACUCCGGCCACAGCAGGGAAGUCUACGCUCCCACAGCCCCACCAAGAGUCACUCUGAUCGUGCCGAGAUGUCGGACGAGCCCCCUCAUUCGUCGGCAAGCCUGGAGGUCGGUGUGAAUGAAGACAUAGAGGAGGUAGAAACAGAGAGGGAAGCAGAGAAAGAUGAAGACAUGGCCGAGACAAACGGGUCGGCGGUUUUGAGCCCAGAGCCUUUGGAGACAAGAGGAGGAACCAAGCAAUCCAAGCAAGAAGCAGAACUCGUGAUGGCGGAUGUGUUUUCACUGGAAGAGCAACUCUUGCGAGCACGCUCGGUUGAAGUAGAAUCAAAACUGCGACACUAUAGGCUCUCAAAAACCUGCCUUUCGGGGCCAGCGGCCUUGCUUUCAGAACAAUGGCGCAUCCUUAGCAACCAAACGUCCAGUGCUAAACACAAGUCUGACUCUGUGCCCUCUUCUUUACCUUGUUAUCCCCCACCAGCAUCAACUGGGCAACUUGAAUGCUCUGACACUCCUAGUUUCAAUCUAUCUUUGCUUGGUGUUGGAUACCCGUUGGCACCCGGACUCCUUUCAUACCUAAACCCAGCAUUAAGCAUACCUACAUCAGCAAGCUCUGCGACCACAACCGCACAUGCUCAGAUCUCUCCGCUACCCUUUCUGGCAUCAACCGGACAGCUCACUCAUCCACAAAGACACACUGACCGAUCUAUACUUCCUCCUCACCUGUAUUACCCUUUCCUUUGUGAGCACACCAUUGGAGCUACAACCUCCUCAACCCCAGCGACCUCUGAUACAGGUAAACUCAUAAAACAGCCCCGAAUGAGUCUACCGACUUCGUACCCGUCUUCGUACCCUACUAAACUAAACUUGUGGAAGGUCCCAGCUCUUCGGCCCACGUCCAGCCAAACCUCACCUGCAGCCUGGGUGUCUCCUACAUGCUCUUCCCCAGAACCGAGUCAGGGCGUAAAGGACAGGCUCAGAUCGAGAGAAGGGAAGACUGGGUGGCAGCAGGACGCUUCUUUCAUCAAAGAGCAAAGUUUGAAGAGGACGGCGACAUCAUUGGACUCUCAUGGUGUUCCAGUGGAGAAGAAACCGGCACUGGAGUUUCCCAUUGAAUCCCUCAAAAACGCUCACAAAUCCACAUCUAUUGCUGCCAUGAUGACCAGGCUCCCAAUACACAACAGUGAUGCCGCCUCCCUGCUGCAUAUGUCUGAACCGCUGGAGGCGAGACAGAGAGGAAUGGAGAGAGACGCGGACCCGGCAGCUGCUCUCCUGCAGGAUUUCUCCACCUUACUACAAGAGUACCAGAGCACAGAGCAGCGCGCCACAACACUUCCUGAGCAGCGCCACCUGUGGGCUCACCUGGGCAAGAUCCGUUCGGAGCUCUCGCACAUUAAACUGGCACUAGAGCGGACAGCUCGAUCUAACGAGGGACCGCUCGAUUUAUCCGUCAAAAAAGAUUUGAACACAAACAUGGCAGGAGACGCCACCGGGAGACGCAUUGUAGGAGAAACAAAAGAAACAAUAGAUGGAAACUGCACAGAUACGGAAGAGGAAGAAGAUGAUGAUGAUGAUGAUGAUGAUCAACGCAGAAGCAGUUUUAAAGAACGAAGGAAGUGUUCUCUAGAAGCGCUAAUGAAACUGAAUCAGUCACAUGUACCUGUAGUGAAAACAGAGGUGUUGGCUGAUGGAGGGUUUGUGGUACGGGCCGGAACCGCUGAAGCUCUGUGGCACAGCAGAACCACCAAGUGUGAAGCCGACUCGAGUGUUCUUUGCUCCAAAACACUGAACAGGCCUCCAUCUAUCCAACACCUGGACACACUGUGUCCAACCAGCCCGUUAACAACCACCGAUACAAUGGUGUAG